AUGACCGGCGUCCUUUGCAGGUUUCGGCAGAAGCCGAUCGCUUUCAUGUGUGACAUAGAGGCCAUGUUUCACCAAGUGAAAGUGGACGAAGAAUACCGGGAUUUGUUACGUUUUCUCUGGUGGGAGAAUGGCGACCUCACGAAAUCACCGAGGGAAUACAGAAUGACUGUACAUUUGUUUGGAGCCACCUCGUCACCAGGCUGCGCAAAUUUUGCAAUGAAGUCUACGGCGAACGACUUUGAGAAUGAAUUUGGAGCAAGCGCCGCAGAUUUCCUUCGCAACGACUUUUACGUUGACGACGGCUUGAAGUCUGUUCCAUUGGUCGACGACGCAGUAAAGCUGAUUGUAAAUGUGAAGAAGAUGUGUAGCAGAGGAGGGUUCCGACUUCAUAAGUUUGUAUCAAAUGGCAAAGAAGUCAUCCGAAGAAUCCCAGAGCAAGAUAGAGCAGAGGGCGUGAAGGAGCUCGAUUUGGACCUUGAUUCGCUUCCUUUAGAGCGUGCCCUUGGAGUCCACUGGUGUGUCGAGUCUGACUGCUUCCAGUUUACCAUUGUACUACCAGACAAGCCAUGCACCAGACGAGGAAUACUUUCUACUGUGAGCUCAAUUUUCGAUCCACUUGGAUUCGUCGCCCCGCUCUUGUUAGAUGGAAAGCCAAUUCUUCAAGAGUUAUGUCGCCAUGAAAUAGGCUGGGAUGAUCCCGUUCCAGACAACGUCAAAGCCAAGUGGGAAAAGUGGAGAGCAGACUUGUUAAAAAUUCAACGCAUCUCAAUUCCGAGAUGUUACAAGCCCAACAGCUUUGGUCGUGUAGUGAACGCACAACUCCAUCAUUUCUCGGACGCCAGCGUUAAAGGUUACGGCCAGUGCAGUUACUUGGGACUUGUUGAUGAAACCCAGACAGUUCAUUGUUCCUUCGUCAUGGGCAAGUCCAGAGUAGCACCAUUGAAGCCUGUCACCAUACCACGCCUGGAGCUCACCGCCGCUGUAUGCUCAGUAAGGAUCAGCCAGCAAUUGCGACAGGAGCUGGAGCUUACCAUCGACCAAGAAUACUUCUGGACAGAUAGUAGAGUGGUUCUUGGAUACAUAGCAAAUGAGAGUAGGCGUUUUCACGCGUUCGUUGCCAAUAGAGUUCAAAAGAUUCAGGAGAACACAUGCAUUGAUCAAUGGAAGUAUAUCGAAUCCAAACAGAAUCCUGCCGACGAAGCGUCCCGUGGUCUAAAAACACAAGAGCUGUUAAAUUCCCGUUGGCUCAGCGCACCAGCAUUUCUUUGGAAGAAUGAAGCUCAGCGGCAAACCAUUAGUGAAGAAGAUCACCAACUCCAAGAAAGCGACCCCGAGGUCAAAAGGACUGUAGCCAUGGCAACCACAACAUCCGCGCAAGGGAUCCUAAUAGCUUCAGAGAAGCCGAGCCUUGUAGAAAGAGUCGAGUAUUUCUCUGACUGGUAUCGUGCAAGGCGAGCAGUUGCCCUGUGCCAACGCUACGUCCGAAUUCUAAGAGAUCUCGUGCUCAAGAAUCACAAGAAACAGUGCAUACACGAGAAAAAACAAGUACUAGACGUCAGUAAUUUGAAGAACGCAGAGUAUGCCAUUAUUCGAGAUGUUCAGAUUAAAGCCUUUAAAGAAGAAAUAGUGGUUUUACAGAAGAUGAAGCAGGAAAACACCACCCUGAGAACACCACCACAGAGAAAGUUAACCAUGAAAAUGAGCAGCUCGCUCUACAAACUUGACCCAUUUUUAGAUGUCGACGGAAUUCUACGUGUCGGUGGACGAGCUUGA